AUGGCAGCACCACUUGCAGCCGUCGCUCGAGCGCCCAAAAUGGGUCGCAAAGAAGUAUUUCUUCCCAAUUUCACCAUAACUCUUCUCCGCACACCAAAUCUACCACCCUCAUUCGCUUCUUUUAUCGUACCCCUCAAUUUGAACAAAUUAGAUUUAAGAGAUUAUUUAUGGAAUGCAUAUGGAAUAGAGGUUCGAGGAGUACGAAGUUAUAUCCAAGCGCAAAAAUUGAGGGAAGGAAAACCAGGAGCGAAAGUACCAACACCUAGGAAAUGGUUUAGGCCGAGGAGUAUCAAGAAGAUGAUGGUGGAGAUGGAUAGACCAUUUGUAUGGCCUGAAGAACCUAAGGACUUUUCCGAUUGGGAUCAAGAAGGAGUCAAGCAACGUCAAGAAUACGAACAAGAACUACAAGCAGGCCAAUAUCCAGAUGCCAAACAAAAGCCUAGCAAAGAACGUCUAUCGAUUGCGGAUCAAGCAAGGAAGAUUUUGCAAGGAAAAGAGAAAUGGGCACCUACGAGAGAUACUUGGAUGAAUGUAGGAGAGGAAGUUGAGGUUGAGACGGAUGUGAAGGUUCCUCGUAUUGGACGAAGGGAAUAG